AUGAGCAGCAGUUCCCGUAUCCUGAUGAUUGGUGACGCAAUGGGUACGAUAGAAGAACACGCGGAUCUGGCCCCGGACUCAGACGAGGCCAGUGAAAUGUCAGAUGGAGAACUCCAGGAAGCUUUUGCCAAAGGUCUGCUUAAACCUGGCAUGAAUGUAUUGGUUGAGAAGACCAAAAAAUUUACAAACAACGCGGAGGGCCUCAGACAGAGCCUUGCAGAACUCCGCAGAGACCUGCCCUGGGUGGAGCGCUUGGACCUCACAAACCUGCCUGCUGAGGAUCCUCUGGCCAAAGUGGAAGGACAAGAGAAGAAAGAAUCAAAUAAAGAAAUCAAUGCAGAUGAUGACUUUGAAAGAGAGAUGUUUUUUUAUCGCCAGGCUCAGGCCACCGUACUGCAGGCCCUGCCACUUCUACACAAACACGGCAUUUCCACUAAAAGGCCUGAUGACUAUUUCGCAGAGAUGGCCAAGUCUGAUCAACAAAUGCAGAAGAUUCGAAAAAAGCUCAUAGAAAAACAGACCAUAAUAGAACGGUCAGAAAAGGCUAAGCAGCUUCGUGAGCAAAGGAAGUUUGGCAAAAAGGUUCAAAUUGAGGUCAUGCAGAAGAGACAGAAGGAGAAGAAGGCCAUGUUGUCAUCUGUGAAGAAAUAUCAGAAAGGAAUGACGGACAAACUGGAGUUCUUGGAAGGAGACAAGAAAGCAGGCAAAGAUUCUCAGGGCCCCAAGAAAGAAAUGAACAAAAAAGGGCCCAAUUCAAAGAGGAAAUUCAAAGACCAGAAGUUUGGCUUUGGCGGAAAGAAGAGCGGGACCAAGUGGAACACAAAGGACAGCUUCAAUGAUGUGUCUGGUUUUCGGGCUAAAGUGGCCAACGCCAAGGGCCCCAGAGGCGGCAAGAAAGGAAAAGGAUUCAAACAGAAUAAACGCCCCGGCAAGUCGGUCCGCAGGAAGAUGAAGAACAAGUCGUGA